AUGCUUACCGGUGCCCGCGAGUCGAUUCGUAAUGCCUUCCGGGACAAGGCCACCCUCCCUCCCUCGGACCCCUCGAUCGAACCCGCUCUGAAGCAUGCCGACGAGGUUGCCGCUUUCUUGAAGGCCAACGUUGUACAGGGUAUCAAGCAGGAGGAUAACACAUACAAGCUCCGGAUUCACGAACACACUGAAAGAGGCGACAACGAGUCUAUCAAGUUUGCAAACAAGAACCCAAGGGUUGGGGUCAAGUGCUGCUCUGAGAUGUAG